AUGCCGAGUGGAAGUCAAAGGCGCAUGUCUUUGGUGAAAGACGACACGAAGGAAGACUCUAAGAAAGAAAAAGAGAGUCGACUACUGGAAUGGAUUCGUGAGAAUCGACCAACAACAACUACAAGUAAACUACCAGAAGUUACGGUAUCCGCUGAUAAACUACCGUACUACGGGAAAUACUGUGGAAGUUUCGCAGAACAGCUGGGUGCUACUAAAAAAUUCAAGCCAUCUGGUGCAGUAUGGGUCGUCGACGAUAAACGGUUCAUCGUCUCGAAGUUCUUCUUCCAGCCAGGCUCUCUUCUAUCAGAGAAUGUAACAUUCUGGUUGGGACCCAUGAACCAAACAGAAAACAUUCUUGCCGACAUGUUUCCGUCAAGCAAUGGUUUCUACGUUCGUCCUCAGCCAAUUGAUGUCUCCACUUUCGCAGCAGAUCAAUUACCACCAAUGGAAGCAAAGGCAAGGAACGGCUUGGCGAUUGCUAACCUUCUUCUCAAUGGCUUAAAUCCAAUUGAACCAGUUGUGGACAAGGCCAAGAAGUUUGACGACUCAUUACGUGCUCGAAGAGAUGUCACUAUAUCACCGGAAGAAGAGGCACUUUCAACUACGGAGGACAACCGAAACCACGUGGAAUUGACGUACGCUCAACCACUUGAAUGGUACGCAGGCUUUCAACCACUUCUUCUUACACUUCCAGAAGGAAUUGUCGCUAAAUCCGUUCACUGGAUCUCACUACGGGAUCACAAACGUCAAGUGAUUAAUGUGAAAACGAUCGAGAUAAGUGACUUUGUGCUGGGAACAGACGCGAAAGCUGUUUGGUUUAUGAUAGGAAAGGAUAUUUUGCCGAAUACGAACGGCCACAUCGUUCCAAUCUAUGACCCGUGA